AAACAAAGGAAAGUACAGGUCAGACUCCAUCAUCUGCAGACUGUCGGCAAAAACCACCCCUGCUGACCUUAUUCCUGAUGCACUUGAAAAGUUUGUCAGAAUUUUAGAAAAAAUCCAGACAUCUUUUCACAAGUCAAACCUUCGGUGAGAGGGGUGUUUUGUUUUUGUUAUUUUAGAGGUGAGAGCCUGGCUGGAGUGAAGGCGUGGCGUUAUUUGGUUAUUGUGGUUUUUGUGCGUAAGCGAAUUGGAACCGAGGGACCCGGGCUGUAGGUGCCGGACUGGGUGAGUUUGCCUUGUGUUACACUCGUGAUUGAUUGCGUCACUGCAGUGGAACGAAGCCGGGUGUCAGGGCUCUUUUAUGGGCGACUCCAGUACAGUGGUGUUGGAUUUCAAUGGAUAUGCCCUUGGCCAGAUAGGCGAUGAUACUACCCGGCCCCUACGCGCGCGCGCACACACACACACACACACACACACACACACACACACAUGCACAGAGUGACACACACACAAAAAAAUAAUUCCUCUUGAAGACAUGACGAGAUACCCACCCAGAUGGCUCCACAGUCGGUUGGCACCAAUAUCAGAAGGGUGCCACCACACCUGUGCUGACAUCACCUCAUUCCACAAGCUCUGAUUUCAGGUCCACCCUAAAAAACACUUGACAGCGAGGAUUUCGCUUCGCCCGGAGCGACGUCACACCGAGGUGGAAGAGGACGAGCGCAUUUUUUUCCUCCGUCUUCUUCUUUUUCCCUCCUCCUCCCUUUAUCAUCCAAGGAAAACACCUCGACAGACCCGCGGCGCGCAGACGCCUCUACCUGCAGCAGCCGGUGCGCACCGAGCAUUUAAACUUCACCAAGUUCAUCCAGUGCGUCAGCCUCGGAGCGCGCAGGGGAGGGAGCGACAUCCAGCAGCGCCAGAAAAAAAAAACCCAACAACUUUAUUUUCUUUUAUCUGCGAGAGAAGCAACUCUCUCUGCCUUCCUCUUCUGUUAUUUUUUAAAUAAUUGCUUCACGUAUCUGUCAAAGCGUGGCGCGACUCGGAGCGCCCACACGACCAGAAAAUCUUUGGUGCGCACCGCUUUGCGAGCCUCGUCCCUCCGUGAGAGCGAUGUAACGCGGCUGCGACAGACGGAGCAGAACGACAAUGAAGAGGUUAACCACACCUUUGAGAGCGGACAUCUCCUCAGUAGCCUCCUGACCAACUUUCUUGCGCAUUAAGAUGCGCCCGACAGAAGAGGAGCUGGAGCUGGAUGGUGAACUUUUUGCGCUCUCGUUGUUAGACAGUUUCCAGUGAGCUUUCUUUCUUUUUGUUUUUGUUUUGUUUUUGUUUUUGUUUUUUGUUUUUUAACGCCGAGCGUGUCUCCCCGUCAGAAGACAAGGACCUCCUAUGUAUUUAAGAAAUAGUCCAACUCGGUGUUGGCUGGGCUCGUCAGUGCUUUAAACUUUGCCGGGGGUGGGGAUCUCCUGGAGGAUUUGCUGCGUUCACCAUGACGGUUCGUCUCUCACGGAUCCAGCUGGCCCUGUUCUUUAUCCUGCUCUGUCCGGUCAAUAUCAUCGGGCUCUGGUGGGCGGUGGGAAGUCCGCUGGUGAUGGACCCCAACAGCAUUUGCAGGAAGGCGAAGCGUCUGGCGGGGAAGCAGGCUGAGCUGUGCCAGACUCAGCCGGAGAUCGUCAGCGAGGUGGCCAAAGGGGCCAGACUGGGCGUCAGGGAGUGCCAGUACCAGUUCAGGUACCGCCGGUGGAACUGCACCAGCCACAACAAGUACUUUGGCAAAAUACUGCAGCAAGAUAUCCGGGAGACAGCCUUCGUUUAUGCCAUCACGGCGGCCGGCGUGACCCACGCUGUGACCCAGGCCUGCAGCAUGGGAGACCUCCUGCAGUGCGGCUGUGAGGCGACCAGGAACAGGGCGCCUCCGCGGCCACCUUCAUCCUCUUCCUCCUCCUCCUCCUCCUCCUCUGGGGAGGGAGUCAAGUGGGAGUGGGGGGGCUGCGGAGACGAUGUGGAAUUCGGCUACGAAAAGUCGAAACAGUUUAUGGACGCCAAGAGGAGAAGGGGCAAGAGCGACAUCAGGACGCUCGUCGACCUGCACAACAACGAGGCUGGGCGGCUGGCAGUGAAGCUCUACAUGCGGACAGAGUGCAAGUGCCAUGGACUGUCCGGCUCAUGCACUUUGCGCACAUGCUGGAAGAAGAUGCCUCAUUUCCGCGAGGUAGGCGACCGCCUGCUGGAGCGCUUCAACGGCGCUUCCAAGGUGAUGGGCGGUAACGACGGCAAGACCCUGAUCCCAGUGGGCCAGAACAUUAAGCCGCCAGACAAGCAGGAUCUGAUCUACUCUGACGAGUCGCCCGAUUUCUGCCUCGCAAAUCGGAAAACUGGCUCGCUGGGGACACGGGGGCGCAUAUGCAACAGCACAGCCAUGGACAUAAGCGGCUGUGACCUGCUGUGCUGCGAGCGCGGCUACCGGGAGGAAACGGUGGUGUUUGAGGAGAACUGUCUGUGUCGUUUCCACUGGUGUUGUGUGGUCCAGUGCAAGAAAUGCCUGGUCCAAAAGGAGCUGAGUCUCUGCCACUGAUGAACUGAUGAACUGAGGCUGGGAGCUGUUAAUAUGAAUUGGUUAAUUAUAAUUUCUUCUGUUACUUUUUGAGAACUUUGUAUAAGUUGGCUAGUGUCAGCAAAGGAUAGCGUUUGGACUUUUCCCUGCAAUCCUUUUGUUUCAGUUUUUGCACCACUCCAAUCAGAAAAUGCCCCUAAAAUGUUUUAUUUCAAAUGUUUUGAUCCCUGUUCUGGAUCUCGGUUCCCAGGAAUUUUGAAAGACAAAACAGGAAGGUUCAGCAGGUACAGAGAGUAGAUGCAACCACAUGGGUACACUUGCAAGGGGGGCUAAAGGAAGGGAAAUGGAGAAAUUUUUCUUUCUAAACUACCUAUAUUUUCUUUAUUCUCGUAUAUGAGAAAGGACCAGAGAAUGUGAAAAUGUUCCAUCUCAAUGAAAGAGGGGGAUAUCUAUGUGCCACAGCUUCUUAGUGUCACUCCCACCAAUGGUUUAGUAGCAGACAUGAUUGACAGUGACUGCAAUCCAAAACCAGGAGUCAUUCCUAUGUUCCCAGGGCCCAAUUUUCCUGGAUCCCCACAUUUACAUGGCACAUAAAGGGAACAUGACAAAGGCUUCCAUGUUCCCAGAGUCCCAGAGAACAUGGAACGUGAAGACUAUAGAUAUGCCCCCUGAAAACCAAACGAUGAUGAAAAGAUACAAUUUCCUACGUUGAGCGUUCGCUAAGCCCCUAAUAUCAAUUCCAUUAAUCCAUCCAUCCAUUAUGUCCUGCUUAUCUGGGGUAGGGUCACAUCCACCAGCCACCAUACCAUGUGGAAUGAUGGCACUUGUGUGGCCCACUCCUUCUGCCAGUUGUUUCUUUUGGUUUGCUCUUGGCUGACAUCUGGCCAUGCCGUGCUUGUGGCUCGGAUCUGGCAAACAGCGGCAUGCCCAUGUGCCAUCAUUCCACAUGGUGUGUGGGCUCAACGAAUAUGUCUGGUGUGGGCAACAAUGAUUUGCUGCCUUGGAUUACAUAUGGAAUCCCUCCCAUGACUUCGGGGGUCUCAUUCCAGUCGGUUGUGUCCAGUAAACCUCCAAAGGGAGGAACCCAGGAGGAUUAGAUACCAGUACCAGUGGGUGGCAGGUGACAGCAGGGACUAGGGCAUCCCGACCCCCAGCAUCACAAGCUGGUGCUAGGUUCGAACAAUUACCAAUCAAAAUUCUUCAGUUCAGUCAGUUAGAUCAGAGCUAAAGAGAUGACUUUGUCUUGGUCUGGAAACUCUGGGGCUACUACAGUAGGUAGGGCACUAAUUAGGCAGGCAUGCUAUCAUUUGCAGCCUUCGCUAGAGCAGGUAAACACAGAGUUUAAUCCGUAAACUAUUUCAAACCAAGUAUCAAACUUACUGGAGCCCCGUGAACACUGAUUCAGCCUGUACAGGAAGCCAAAGCUUGCCUCAACAGACCUGCCAUGCCUUGUUACGGUUGCUAAACCGUGACUGGACAACUGUUGUUUGAGGGAAGGCUUUAGUGAACCAUCAAUUCAAUAAACUGGCCAUUAAUCAAAAAUGGUCACACUGACUAUUUUGAACUAUCUGAUAUUUUAAGUCACUCUGAGACAUUUGCUUUCUGCCUAUAAUAUGCUGUUGGAUCACAAGAAGAUAAGGAUGUCACCAUGACCCCCAAUUCCAGUACUUUCAUUUUUACUUCCACGUGUUCACAGGAUGAACUUUGCAUAAUUAUUAGACCAUCUUGACAUUCUACCAAAAAUGUUACUAUCAGCCCGUCUGUCAUUUACAGUAUCUUAGCCUCUCCAUGUAACUGAACAGGCACUCCAAAUACAAAAAGAUGCUGGUCUUGACUUUUCUUUACAUAAUACACAUAAAAGGGAAACGGUAUCACAUUAUCAUAUUUGAAGAAUGCUGUUGAAACGCCGCUGUUUUGCAGGAGCGGACUUGGCCUGCCAGCAAAGACUGUUAUUUAUAUAACGAUUUGAUGACAAGACUACUCACUUCCAUCUCUCUCAGAAGCACUUUGGAUACGAUGGCUGCCCUGGACUUCCUCAAUAGCUUGGCAAAAAACAAAAACAAAAAAAACAAACACAAGAAACCUUUUAUGGGGUCGUCUGUUUCUAUUACACCAAAAAGAGAAACUUUUUUAUUUACAUGAUGUUGUUUGCUAUCAAGAAAAUGUGUAUAAUGUAUUUUUGUUUAUCUGUUACGAUACACAGGGCUAAUGUAAUAAUGCACUUUGGAUGUUAGCUUUUCGUUUGAUACUGUAUGUGCAUAGGUGUGCGUGCGUGUGAGAGAAAGUGUUACGUCUGUGUGUGUGUGUGUGUGUGUGUGUGUGUGUGUGUGUGUGUGUGUGUGUGUGUGUGUGUGUGUGCAGGCUGGCCAGUUAUCACCGCAUCCUUCAGUUGACAGCAGUUAUAUAUCUGUUAGUCGCUGUCUCUCGUUAUGUUGGUUAUUAAAAGCACACCGCUCUUUGACGCGCUGUCUCCGUGCGAGGCAGACGAGAUCCAUUAUUUGUCGUUUGGCGGAGGAAGUAUGUUUCCCAUAAACCAUAAAUCAUGUCAUCUCAUUUACAAUUACGUUUUUAUUGCCAGACAAUGUACAGUAAGCAUACUGAGCUAUAAUAACCACGGCGCUUCCACUUGUUCCGUCAGCGCUGUGUGUCUCUUGCAGCGAGUGUUCUGGUGGGGAUCUUAUCAUGCCCUCAAGGAUUCAUCUUGCUUUGAUCAGGCGGUCGGAGUGUUUAUGUUUCGGGAAGAUAGCAUGAUCAGACGAGGCUGUUACCAAAGUCACAUGCUUUCAAUAUCGGGGUGCAUGGAAGCUUUUUUGCAGGGCCUUUAUCCAAUUAAUCACUGUCUCGUAUGUUAUUUUUUCGAAUGGAGCGCACAAUGACUGAAUCAUUUUAGGACUAAGAGACAGAGUGGCUGUAAUGUUGGCGAUCUAUCCUAAGAUCUUGAAAAAACAGAUACAUUUAGACAUCAAUCGUUUUAUCGUUUUUUUGUUUGCAGUAACAGAGUAAUUUGAUACACUUUGUUUUGACGUAUUCAUUAAAAGCAUUUUGGAAAGAAAUCUUUCACCGAUUUAUCCCUGCCCGUUUUAUCCAAUCAGGACAGAGAACUCCUUAAAGAGGCGGUCCUGUCUGAUCCUCCCGGCUGCUGCUACAUCUGGUGAUAAGUGGUUGGCUAACUGCAGAAUGGACAGGAUGUUAGCUGAAAUGACAAAGACAAAGAACAAGGCCUCGAUGUGUCAUAAGAUGCAGUUAGCAGUACACAGUGACCACGGCACUUGCCGGAUCUUUACCGGAGCAAUCUUGCAUCUGAGAGUAUCUCUACGAUUCUGUUUAAGGUGAGUUCAGCAAACACACUGGUUACGAAACGGCCGUAUCUUAUCAGCGGUGGUUGUCGGCGGAACAAUCCACAGAUGGGUUUUUUUCUUUUUGGGCACGACAAUAAAUCUCUGUACAUGGUAAUCACGGUGACAUGCCUUUCAGCAAGUUAUUGUUGCUCUAACUCUUGAUUGUGUCAAUGUGAGGCCUCGCGACGGUGGUGAUUAUCAGAAAUAAUUACAGGAUGUUUCGGGCUGACAUCGCCGUAACCUCCACGACUGUACAGAACGUGAUGGAGUUGAGACACAGUCACGUCAGUCGUGCUUUCUGAGUUUGUGUACAUCUUCAUCUGGCCUGCAAAGUGAGGUGAACCUAGAACCAUUUGAUUAUUAUGAUAUUUAGCUGAAGUAACAUUAAGCACAUUCCAUGUACUUUUUAUCUUUUGGAGAAAACAACAGAAUAAUGCAGUAAGAGAGAAAGGUUUUUUUUUUGCCAGAAUGGGAAUAUCCAUUGAUUUGUCAUCUAUUUAAAGACACUGUGUCAUGUUUGCUUCUCAUUUCGUUAUACUUUUCAUUUUUUGUAUUCCUGCAGACGUCGUUUCAUAUCUGGAUGUUGCGUUGCAUUUGUUCAUUUAGCGUAGAAGUACCGUUUGUGACUCACAUUCAAAACACUAUUCAAAUAAAAAGU